UAGUAGUUUCGUCGAAUGGGUAACGCAAGUUGCACUUGUGUCGGAUGGUUUCGCCGUGUGAUGAAUAAAAAUAAUCAUCGCUUUAUUCGGUGCAUGGUUUUAUAACAGAAACUAAAUACAUAAUAUCGAAUUGCUUGUGAAUGUAGUGCAUUUGAUGUGGAUACAUGGUGUGUGUUCAUCGAGUUUUAUCAAUUACAAUAUUGUGAACUGAAACCCAUGUUUACGUGCUAAAAACACGACGUUGUGCUGUUUUCGAAAACUACGAGUCUUUGAAUUCUUCUUUAUGGGAUCUUGUUGCUAACCAGGUGGUGAAGGAAGCGCGGCAGAAUGCCGGAGGGCGUGGCCAAGGAGGCCAAAGAGGCCAAGGAUGACAAGAAGAGCAAGGCCAAGGAGGCAUCUCCCCGCCGUCGCCCCACGGGGAACCUCGCUAGAGCCAAUGUCGAACUCCUCGACGGCUCCAAGAUGGAGCUUGAUGUCGAUAGGAAAAUUCGAGGACACGAGCUGCUGGCGAAGGUGUGUGAUUCCCUCAACCUGGUGGAGAAGGACUACUUCGGGUUGCUGUACGAGGAUCGCGGUGACCCUCGCGUAUGGAUUGACCUCGAGAAGAGAGUCUCCAAGAUGAUUAAACGCGAGCCGUGGGAGAUCAGGUUUGCAGUGAAGUUCUACCCACCGGAACCUGCGCAGCUGCAGGAAGAGCUUACCAGGUACCAGCUGGUGCUGGCAGUCAGGAGGGACCUGCUUGAAGGUCGUCUGCCGUGCUCUGCGGUGACGCACGCGCUGCUGGCGUCGUACCUGCUGCAGUCGGAGCUGGGGGACCACGAGGAGUCGCAGGCGGGGGCGGCGCUCUGCAGACAGCUGAAGCUGGUGCCGCCCGCAGCCUGCACACCCGAAUUGGAGGAGAAAGUGGUGGAGCUACAUAAGACGCAUCGCGGUCAGACGCCGGCAGAGGCGGAGCUGAACUACCUGGAGAACGCGAAGAAGCUGGCAAUGUACGGCGUGGACCUGCACCCCGCCAAGGACUCUGAGAACGUCGACAUCACGCUCGGCGUCUGCUCCUCCGGACUCCUCGUCCACAGGGAGAAGUUACGUAUCAACCGUUUCGCGUGGCCGAAGAUCCUGAAGAUCAGCUACAAGCGUCACAAUUUCUAUGUGAAACUGCGACCCGGAGAGUUCGAGCAGUUCGAGUCCACGGUCGGCUUCAAGCUCGCCAACCACCGCGCUGCCAAGAAACUAUGGAAGACUUGCGUCGAGCAUCACACCUUCUUUAGACUGAUGAGCCCGGAGCCGGCGGCGCGCGGCACGCUGUUCCCGCGGCUCGGGUCCCGCUUCCGGUACAGCGGGCGCACGCACUACGAGUCCCGCGCCGCGCCCCCGCAGCGCGCGCCCCCGCACUUCGCCCGCACACUCUCCUCCAGGAAACUCUCCUCGCGCAGCAUGGACGCCCUGGCGGCGGGUGACAAGGAUGAGUCGAUGCCGCCUGACGCCGCGAAGCGACACACCAUGCCGCCGCAGCCCGCACCUCGACCCACUAUCAAAGACAAGAAACCACCUCCAGGGGCUGUGAAAGUGAUGCCCACAGCGCCACCAGACAAGAAGGAAGAUAAGAAGAUAGUCGAGAGGAAGCCUGCUGAAAACGGAACUGAUACAACCAGCGAUCCUGGUAUCACAAACAACGUUGAAACUCCCAAGAGAUCUAAGGCGGGUGGCUUUGGACUUUUCGGUAGCAGAAAAGACAAAUCUCCAAAGGAUGAGAAACCACCGAAAGAUAAAUCACCAAAAUCUAAGGACAAAUCACCGAAAGAAAAAGAUAAGAAAUUGAAAGAUCCUAAAGCGAAGGUCGCCGUACUCGAUACAUCUGCCGAUAGCUCAAAUCCGGAUAGCUCAGUUGAAAAGAGCCCGACAAAAGACAGCAAGCCGAGCUUCACAAAGCCUUACGAAUAUACUGACACAGAGAAGAGUCCAACUCGCACUAAACCCUUCAUACAGGGUGCAUUCAGUUACGAAAAGGAACCCAUUUCUGACGAAAAGCAGAGAAGUCUCGAUGAAAGUCAGAGUCCAACUACUAGAAAGGCCGGACUCGCUUUUAACUAUGCGCCCGGUGAAGAAACAAAUCUGGUGGAGAGUGCACAGAAACGAAAGACCCCAGAAGAUCUCAACAAAUUGAAAACACCUGGCAUUGAUUAUGUACAGUCGGCUGCUCUGAAAGAACAAGCUAAGGGACCUAAACAUCUCAUUGAUCCUACAUUAGCAUUACUGGAUUCCGAGAGAGCUCAUCAUGAAUCACCAGUUGCUGCAGCAAUACCGAUCACCAAGAAAGAGAAUGAAAUCCAAGUCGUCAUUAUUACAGCCCGAUACAAUCCCAAGACUAAGAAAUUAGAUGACGCUAAUGGUACGGUUCUGAUAAAUAAGGGUACGUUAAAUAAAGCUAACGGAAAGAUACAGACAGACACAGAACUUAUUAACACAAAGUCCGGUCAAGUUAACUACACUGACUUUAAGACUGGCAAACAAGAAGUCAAAAAUGGUCAUGUGGAUUCUAAAUCGGGUCAUAUUUUGUUUACCUCUGGUGUAAUCGACCCUAAAACAGGAAAGAUAGACCCUACUUUGGCUCAGCAAUAUUGCUUUGUUGAGAAGUCCAACGAUAAUGUAGGUGCUAAACCUGGAAGAGAAGUCGAUUUAGUUGUUAUAACGAGUAAAUAUGACGGCAAACAUAAAAAGCUUGAUCCCUCUCAUGCGCAUGUAGAUGUGUCCAAAGCUGUAGUAGCACCCGAUGGUACAGUUCAUUCUAACUAUGGACUGAUCGAUCCCAGAACCGGUAAAAUAGAUUAUGUUGACCCGAAAACAGGUAAACAAGAUCCGAAACAGGCGUACGUAGACCAGAAGACAGGCAAUCUACUUGUUACAACUGGUGUCCAUGAUCCAAAGUCUGGAAAAGUAGACUCAUCCCUUGGACAACAGUUUAGUAUUGUUGAGAAAGACGCGACAAAGGCGAACAGAGAAGUAAGAUUAGUUGUCAUAACAAGCAAAUAUGAUGUUAAAAGUAAGAAGUUAGACCCGACAUUCGCUCACGUUGACUCUAUAAAAGGUGUGCUGAGCGGAUCUGACGGUAAAAUUUAUUCAGAAUACGGUAUUAUUGAUCCGAGAUCGGGUGAAAUCCAAGUUACCGAUACUAAGACUGGUAAGCAGGAAAUCAAACAAGCCUCAGUGGAUCCUAAAACUGGUAACAUUCUUCUUCUCUCUGGAGUUAUCGACCCUCGCACCGGUCAAUUAGAUACUACUUUAGGACAGCAAUACAGCAUUGUCGAUAAGCCAAUUUCCACAUUUGCAACUGUUCCUGGUAAAGAUGUUCAAGUUGUGGCAAUAACCAGCAAAUACGACACGAAAAACAAGAAAUUAGACACGCCCAACGGAUUCGUUGAAAUAUCUCAAGGUAUUAUCAGCGACAAAGAUAGCAAAGUACAUUCCAAUUUCGGUAUUUUGGAUCCUAACACAGGAAAGAUUCAUUAUACGGAUCCCAAGACUGGAAAGCGCGACUCAAAACAAGCUGUUAUAGAUCCAAAAACGGGAAGUUUUGUCGUGACUUCCGGUGUUAUUGAUCCAAAGACGGGCAAAGUUGAUUCGUCACUUGCUCAACAGUUAAGUAUCGUCGAUAAGGACGCGAGGAAAGGAGUACCGGAGAGACGAGUGAAUUUAGUCGUUGUCACCGCCAAGUACGACCCUAAGCAGAAGAAGUUAGACCUUGCUACAUCCCAUGUCGAUACAUAUCCCGGUACUGUGGAUAAUGAUGACAAAGUUCACACAGAAUUUGGAGUAAUUGAACCUAGCACAGGACAAAUUACUAUUACUGAUCCUGUUACGGGUAAACCUGAAAUAAAGAAAGCGGCCGUCGAUUCAAAGACAGGUAACUUAUUGUUAUCGUCAGGAGUCGUUGAUCCGAAAACUGGAAAAGUCGAUAAUACUCUAGGACAGCAGUUUAGCAUCGUUAAUACACCCAAGGACACGUUCGCUGUUGUACCAGGUAAGGAAGCGCAAUUAGUAGUCAUAACAAGUAAAUAUGACGCUAAACACAAAAGAUUGGACAACCCUAACGGGCAUGUUGAUACUUCAAGGGCUAUUAUUGCUUCAGACGGCAAAGUUCAUUCUAAUUUCGGAAUUUUAGACCCAAAAACAGGCAAAGUUGAACAUUUCGAUACUGUAUCAGGGAGACAGGAGAUUAAACAAACCGCUGCUGAUCCAAAAACUGGUUAUUUCAUUCUCGCGAGUGGCGUCGCAGACCCUAAGACUGGCAAAGCAGAUUCUUCUCUUGCUCAACAAUGGUCAAUAGUAGAUAAAGAUGCUCUAAGAGAGAAACAUGUGAACUUGGUCAUAGUCACGUCUAAAUAUGACCCUAAAAAUAAGAAAUUGGAUCUUACUGAUGCGCAUGUCGAUUCAGUUCCUGGAGUAAUAAAAGACGAUGGAAAAGUUUACUCAGAAUUUGGUACGAUAGAACCCAGCACAGGACAAAUUACGAUUGUUGAUCCGACAACUCGUAAACAGGAAAUAAAAACAGCAUCAGUUGAUGAUAAGACAGGAAAUCUUCUGUUGACUUCAGGUGUUAUCGACCCUCACACAGGAAAAGUUAACGCAGGCUUAGCACAACAAUUGUCUAUUGUCAACAAAGAUGACCAAAAGAUUCCCGCAGUGCCCGGUCGUGAAGUGCAACUUGUAAUUAUUACAAACAAAUAUGAGCCUAAGACUAAAAGAUUGGAACAUCCUAACGGUCAAAUACAAACUUUACCUGCUAUUAUCACAAAUGAUGGUAAAGUACAUGCAAACAACAUUACGUUGGAUCCCAAAACGGGUAAAAUUGAACAAAUAGACCCUAAGACUGGGAAACCUGAAGUAUCACAGGCUGUUGUUGAUAAUAAAACGGGUCAUCUCAUCCUUUCUUCUGGAGUCGUAGACCCCAAGACCGGAAAAUCUGAUUCAACACUUGGACAACAAUGGUGUGUAGUGGACAAGGACAUGUCAAAACGUGCUCCUGGCAGAUAUGUCAAUUUAGUUAUCAUUACAUCCAAAUAUGAUCUUAAGAACAAAAAGCUUGAUCUUUCUAACCCACACGUUGACACAAUUUCGGGUACAGUCGGUGCCGACGAUAAAGUUUACACGGACAUUGGUGUAAUCGAUCCUGCCACUGGACAAGUUACACUCAUAGAUCCUAUUACUAAGAAACAAGACAUUAAAAAGGCAACUGUUGAUCCAAAAACAGGAAAUUUAUUGCUUACAUCAGGCGUCGUAGACCCGCAUACAGGACACGUAGAUCCAAAUCUUGGUCAACAAUUAAGUGUUGUUGAAAAACCAAAAGAUACAUUUGCACCUGUUCCAGGCAGAGAAGUACAAUUAGUUGUGAUUACUAGCAAAUAUGAUUCGAAAAACAAAAGGUUAGAUAACUCUAACGGUCAUGUUGAAUCUCUACGGGGAAUAAUAGCCGCAGAUGGCCUCAUUCAUUCUAACCAAGGAGUUCUUGAUCCCAACACUGGUAGAAUCGAACAUGUUGACCCGAAAUCGGGUAAGAGUGAACUAAAACAAGCAGUUGUCGAUCCUAAAACUGGUCAUUUGAUUCUAACCUCUGGAGUAACAGAUCCAAAGACAGGAAAAGCAGAUUCAUCACUUGCGCAACAAUUAAGUGUUGUUGACAAGGAUGUCAAGCCUUUACAACGUGAAAUACAUCUGGUAAUAAUUACCACUAGAUAUGACCCAAGAACUAAGAAAAUCGAUCCGAAUCAAGGAUACGUCGACACUGUUAGCGCGACAAUUGCACCUGACGGUAAGAUUGCUUCAGAACUUGGCACAAUUGACACCGCUACAGGUGAAAUAACAUUAGUUGACCCCGUAACAGGCAAAAGAGAAGUUAAGAAAGCUACCGUUGAUCCAUCAACUGGAUACAUGUUAGUAACGAGUCAAGUAGUCGAUCCGAGGACUGGAAAAGUUGAUCCGACAUUAGUGCAACAGUAUAGCGUGGUUAGUAAGAAGGUCGUGCCACAUACUAAACCUGUUUCUAAAGGAGAAAUAAGACUUGUCAUAAUUACUGGAAAAUAUGACCCACGAACAAAAUCUGUGGACGCAGGUGCUGGAACAGUGGAAGCUUCUAAAGGUUAUGUUAGUGCUGAAGAUGGAAAAAUACAUACUGAUUUCGGCAUCAUUGAUCCGCGAUCAGGUCAAAUAUUCUACAAAGACCCCAUCACGGGUAAGCAGGAAUUGAAACAGGCAGAAAUCGAUCCACAGACAGGAAACUUUGUCGUGACAACCUCAGUGGUAGAUCCCGCCACUGGUAAACUAGAACCCUCAUAUGCCCAACAACUUGCAAUUGUUGAUAAGCAGCAUAUCUUGGCUAAAGCGGCAUCCCCGACACAAAGAGUUAGCGUCUCGCCGACUAAACAAGUUGUGACACCCAUAAAGAUACCUACGCAGACGCCUAUACAAACACCGUUAAAAUCACCAGUCAAGACAACUUCACCUGUUAUUAGUAGUCAAACACAAAAAGCUUCGCCAGUAACAUCAGUUACACCAGUUCAUAAAACAGCGCCAGUUAAACCUACAGGUGCACCGCCUGCUCCGCCUAAGAGAAAGAUUGUAAAGAUUAUGGUUAUAUUUGCUAGAGUAGAUCCUAAGACCAAGAAACCGGACUUGGGUACUGCAGAAGUCGAGCAUAUUACUGGCAUCUUAGAUCCCAAUGGCCAGAUCGAAACUAAGUACGGAGUACUCGAUUCAAAUACUGGUAACUUAGUUGUAAGCGAUCCUAGCGGCCAACGGAAGACAAAAGACGGGGUUGUGUUCCCCGAAACUGGACAAAUUUUCAUCCCAUCUGGCGCUGUGGAUCCAAAGACUGGUAAAGCUGAUCCAACCUUAGGAAUGAUCUUGAGCGUCGCCAAGCAAGAUGAUCCUCUUGUAGAAAUUACUACAAUAACAGGCCCGAUAGAUCCGAGGACUGGUAAAGUUGAUAUUGAAAACGGAUCAGUGGAGCAUACUAAAGGAAAGGUGGACGCAGAAACUGGACACAUUUCGACCAAAUACGGUGUCAUAGAUCCCUCAAAUGGUGUCAUCUUUGUAACCGACACGUCAGGCGCUCAGGAUACUAAACCGGUAGAUAUUGACGAAAAUAACGGUCAAAUUACGAUCACCGGUGUCGCCGAUCCUAAAACUGGAAGACUCGAUCCUAAACUUGGUCAAGUAUUAGUCGUUGGUACACACAUAGAUCCCGUGGUCGAGGUAACCACAUUCGUUGGUAAAGUCGAUUCAAAGAAAGGAAUAAUAGAACCAAAACAUUCCGUUAUUGAAAGCACGACAGGUCAGUUGAAUCCGGACAAUAAUAAGAUCGACACAAAGUACGGUCAAAUCGACCUACUGAAAGGUACCGUAACGUACAAUGAUCCUAAGACUGGUAAAUUCGAAAGCAAAGAAUUGAACGUAGACCCCGUCACCGGACAAUUCCUUCUGAGAAGCGGACAGAUCAAUCCCAAAUCUGGCAAACCCGACAAAGAUAUCGGUCGUUUGAUUUGUUUGCGAAUAAUCCGUAAUAAAGUCGACCCGGUUUCCGGAAAGCAAAUCGUAUCCAAUGAUCCUAGGAACGUCAAAGUCGAUCCAAAAACUAACCAGAUUUGGAUUGCCGGACCAAAAGAUCCACAAACUGGCGAAGUGCUAUACACGGCCGGACAAAUCGAUCCCGUCACCGGUUACAUCAUCACCAUCUACGGCCGUCUCGACCCCAAGACAGGAACCAUCAUCAAAACCACCGAAAUCGACAAAACUCUUAUCAAGGUCGAUCCGGUUAACGGACAAAUUUAUACGGCCACCGGGGAAUUGGAUGAAGAAAAUCAACCUCUGUACUCUGCCUCACAAGUCGACCCCGGUACCGGAGAAAUCUACACCAAGUUGGGUAAGAUCGAUCCCAGAACCGGUAGGCUGAUCAUUGUCAAAAUUUACGUUAUCACACAGAAAGAUGAGAAGGGACGCGUUAAAGAAGUUGAUCCGCGAGAGUGCACAAUAGAUGAAACCACCGGUAGAAUAAUAACAACCAAGACCGUCUAUCUUUACCAAAUUAUCGACCCGAUAACUGGAGAAACGAUCGACGUGGACCCUGACGAUCCGAGACUCAAAGGUGCUCGUACCACCGUCACGCAAACGAUGACUUUAUCAGGCAAAAUCGACCCGAUAACUGGAAGAAUAAAAACCGAGUACGGCGACAUCGACCCCGACACGGGUGACAUCGACCCCAGCACGGCGGUGCGAGACCCCGUCACCGGGCAACUCAUCCUACACUACUCCCAGAUUGACCCCUCACACUUUGAAGACAAGAGCGGCAACUACACCAUCGAGAAGGAGACGCAGGACCUGCCCGCAAACAUCGAUAUACAGACUGUGAACACGCACAAGUUCAGCACGUUCGGCAAGGACGAGAGCCCCGCGCGCGGCGACGAGCCCAAGACCUUCACCGAGUAUUCCACCAGCGAGCACAUCCGGCACCAAGGCUUCGUGUCAUCCAGCACCCCCCUCUCCUCAAAGAUCCCGGUUUCGCAGCGGUCGAAGAAAACUCCCACACCCCCCGUGGUGGUUAAGACGACCACCAAGCAGCUUCUGACCAAAAACGAGGAAGGCGUCACCCACAACGUCGAGCAGGAGGUGGAGAACCUCGGCACGGGCGAGGUCACCUUCUCCACGCACACCAACAAGGCGGAAAGCCUAGAGCCCGAGGGAAAGAGCCCUUACGUGACCGCGCGGGCGGUAACCACGCGCACGGCGACCACGCACCACGACCUCGAUACGAAAGCCAAGACGCAGCAGAUGGAGGAGAAGACGGUCGCGCACACGCUCACCUCCUCCGCCACCCGGCACGAGCAGCGCGUGCUCACGCAGCAGGUCAAGACCAUGGUGACCACCGGCGACCAGCUGGGUAGACGCGGGUCGGCCAGUUCCCUGAGCAGCGGGGACUCGGGCACUCCCAUCGACUUCGAGGAGGGUGGGGAGGGCACCUACUAUGUCACCGAGCCGGGGUCAUACACAACGACAACUUCCAGCACGGUGAUGGGCAACGCACCAUUCGGCAGCAUGGUGCACGCAGCCACGACGAGCACCGGCCCGCAGAUAAGUGAGAGCGAGGCGGAGGAGGUGGGGCAGGCCGAGGGUGAGGUCGUCUCCUCGCAGACCAUCAGCUCCAAGACGCGCACCGUCGAGACAAUCACCUACAAAACGGAGCGCAACGGCGUCGUGGAGACCCGCGUGGAGCAGAAGAUCACCAUACAGUCGGACGGUGACCCCAUCGACCACGACCGCGCUCUCGCCGAGGCCAUACAGGAGGCCACAGCGAUGAACCCCGACAUGACAGUGGAGAAAAUAGAGAUCCAGCAACAGAGCACGCAGCCAUAACUCUUCCCGCGCCGCGCCGCGCACACCCGCCAUCUUCAUUCGUGAUGUCAAAAUGGCGUUGGAUACACGUUCACAAUAUAUUAAAAUACUUUUAAAAAUGUUAUAAUCGACCAAUAACUCGUACCUUAUAUAUUUAGUUAUAUACUCUCUGUAUAAAUUAUUAGAUUCGCGCCAUUUUUUUGACAUUAUAAAACAAGAUGGCGGCCUGUCACACAAUUAGCCGUAAGCGACACUGCGAAUAUUAAGUUAUUAAAAACGUUAUAUAAUUAAUUAAUUAUCAAGUUAAUUGAUUUAUAUUGAUGUUGUGGACGUCGGGAGUGACGGCAUUCUUUUUAUUUAGGUUAAGAUCCGCUUCGAAAGGAAAUGUUGCCAUAGCGAAGAAAAACGUGUUCGUGUCCGUUAUUUAAAAUGGAAUAAGCUUUAAAACAUCUCGCACGAGGGAGACCACCGAUUAAAAACAAUAUUUUUUUCUCUCUUAUCAAUUCAAAAAUACAUUGAAACUAAACUCGUUCGACGUUGACAUUGAAAGUCGCGAGUUUUGUUUGUUAAGAAAAUAUAUUUAUGAAUAAAAAAAAAAGUUGGUAUUAAUGUAUUUCUUAAUAUAUUACACCAUUAGGUGCUAUAAUGUAAGCGAAAUGUCUUGUGUUCGGGCAAAUGUGGCUUCUGCUGAUGGGUCGUUGACUCGGUACAUGAUGAAUGUUCGCUUGUUCGGUGUAUAGGGUAAACUGAAGUUUUACUGCACAAUUUCUAUAUAACUGUUGCGGGAUUUUCAUUUUUAUUAAUUUAUUGCAUAAAACGGGACAUUCCAACGAGCGAGCGAGAUGCCGCUACAUAGUGUUUUCUCUCUCUCUCUAUAUGUUUUUUUUUUUCAAUUUAGAUUUAUAUUGAGCAUGUUACGAUAUUCUGAUUUGUGGGCUUUUUUUUCAUUACAAUAAAAUUUUUAAUAGAAAUUCUGUAUAUGCCAAAAUUCACUCAAUACGUUUUUAAUUUUUUUUCUUUUUUAUUUUUUUUUUAAUUCCCUUAUUUGAUGUGCCUUUAUAUAUGUAAAGGGUAGACAGAAGCCCACAAAUAGUCUAUCUCUAUAAGGUCGACAUAUUUGUUAUAUCUUAACGCUAGACGUAUUUUUAAUAAGUUUCAUUGUCGAGUUAUUUUGUGCGCCGAUUUUGAAUCGGUAUUCGAUUUUAAUGUUUUUUUUUCUUUAUAUAUAUAUUUUUUUUAAUAAUUUUCACAUUUUAUUAAGAUUAAUGUAUGAGAGAUAUUGCAUGACGAUUAUCAUUUUGUCUGUUUGUAUGUAAUUUUAUUGUGACAAUAUUUUAUUACGUUCGAUGUGGAAAUAAAGUUUAUAUAAACACGAAGAAGUAAAUAAUACCUUAAUGAUAUAAAAAUAAAGGCUUAUUUUGAUUGUAUCGUUAAAUUCCGUGUUGUCUUUAUAUAUUUAUUGAAGAUGUUUAUUUUUAUAAUUGUCCCCCAUUUUUGUAUAAUUUCUUAUUUGAACGAGAUGACGUCAUCAAGCAGCGGAUAUUACAAUAAAUGAUGCUUUGUUUUAUU